GUAAUAGUAGAAUGCAAUAUAUCUCAUGUCUAUUCUACGAGUACACGCUGUACACUACAAGGAAAAAGCAUGGAGACGGCGACUUUGCGCGUCGGCUCGUUGCCUCCCACCUUGCUCCCCUCCCCUUCGCAGACUCCCUUCCCGUGUACCAGACGUCUUUCCCAAGUCCCCCACUCGUGUGCGCGCCGCUACCUAGUCGACAUAAGUCGAGCGCAAGCGCCAACUCGCCCUCGACAUCCCCCCUUCCUCCACGUACUCCCCCACCCCACCGCUUCCCAGGGCACCGAAAGCGUGUCGAGGGCGCGUAGCACCGUACGAAAGCGCAGGCUGCGGUGAAGGAGGAGGGGCUGGGGUGAGGGGCGGCACUGCCCACCCUCGCGAGGUCGAAGGGC